UAUAGGCUGGUAGCUGCAGCUCUGAUUGGACCCCUAGCCUGGGAACUUCCCUAUGUCGUGGGUGUGACCCGAGUGGUAAGGAGGCACAGAAUAUGCUUAUAUUCAUUCUUUUUAGAUUUCAUGGGGGGAAAAUGCCAAUUUUUUUCAUAGACACCUCUCCUGGAAAACUUUGUAGCUCCAAGAAUGAGAUAUGCUGUUCCAGCCCUCCCAAAACUCCUAGCCUUCCCAACAGGGAGCGUUUUUGAGUCUGCUGGCUGCUCUCAGUACCAGGAAAGCUGCAAGACCUUGCUCUUCAGAAAGAGUUAGGGACGAUGGGAGUGUAGAGAGCAGUGUGUUCUGGUGAUCCUGAAGCACUCCACCUGGGCUCCAACCCUGCUCCUUCCACUUCCCACAUGGAGGCUACUUGUUCAGGUUACUUCUGGUGCUUUAAUUUCCUUGUACACCAAGUAGGAAAAGUAGUGUCCAUAGAGAUAUCAUGAGAACUGAAUGAAUUUUGAAAAAGAAAAAGGAGAAAGCAAGGAAAUUAGCUCCUGGCUCAGAGUAGAAGCUCCUUGCAUUGUUGCUUUGGUGUAAUUGAAUGUGGAUACAUCUCCCCCACAUGGUCUUACCCCCAAAGUGCUUUGUGCUUCUCUCUGGCCCCUCACUGCUUCCCAGCAUGCCUGUGUCUAUAUUCUGCCGCUCUCCUGAGCAUUACUACCUUCUGCCUUAACUGGAUUUCCCUUGAGGAUCCCUGUUUCCAUCACCCACCAACAUCCCCUUACCUGUAGCAGGAAGGUGGAUUCACUGGUUUACUUUACCUCCCACUGCUGCUUGCACAGCCUGUGUUUCCACAUUCCUAUGGUCACCUGUGUCCCUCAGAGGCUCAACCUUGCCUCCCUCCUCCUGUUCAAUCCAAUGUUUUUCUAAGAACUAUUGCCUCUCGGUUUCUGGACCUCUUCCUCAGCACUUGUCUUGAAGGUCAAGGGAGAUGUCUUCUACACUGCACCCACUAGACAUGUUAUGGUCCUCCUCUGGCUUGGUUUCUGGGCAGCCUUUGAUGCUGUUGACCUCAAGUGUGUGCUUCCUCAGCAUCUAGGACGUCACAUACCUGGUUUCCCAUCACUCCUGCCCAACCCUUUGCAGGAGACUCUUCUGCCCAUUUUAGCAUCUGAGUUUCUCUCAGCUCUGUCCUAAGGCCUCCCUUUAGUCUGACUGGCGGGUCACAUUCACUCACACGACUCAGUGACAUCUUUUCAAACAUGACUCGCAAACAUGGAUUGAAGUCCAGGUCUCUCUCCUAAACCAGGGGCCACAGAGCAAACUGUCUACUGAACCCCCACUGGGUCAUGCCAGCAUCUCGGACUCACCACCCCAACGAAACCCAACAUUCCCAUCACUUACAUCCGUGCUUCUGCCCUCAACCCCGCUUUCCUUGGCCAACAUCUCUAGCCCCCAGAAUCCUAUGCCUCCUUCUGUGACCAAUCACUGAGCCCUGUUAUCUCAUCUUCUUUAAUAUUUCCCAAAUCCCUAUUUCUCUGCUGCUAUGCCCUCAGCGCAGGCCACUGUCACCUUUCCCCCAAAUGGUGGCAAACUGAUCUCUUUUGUUUCAGCCUUGCUUCUCUUCAAUUGCUUAAACUUCAGGAUGGUAUUUCUUACAUACAAAUAUGAUCAUGCUAUUAUCUUAGAACUCUUGUAUGGCUCUUGCAGUUCAUUCUAAAUAAAAUAAAAACUCCUUUACUGUACCUAUAAGCCCCCCUCCCCCUACCAUGACCUUGCCCUGCUUGCCUCUCCAAGCCUAUCCAUCCCCAUUGCCUGCCUUGGCCAGCAAGAACCCAACUGCCUGCAGUUCCCUGCCCUUCCUGCCUUCCCUCGACUUUGCAACUUGGUGUCUUUGCAUCUUGCUGGUCUCCCCACGAGGAAGCAUCACAUAGUGACCCACCUCCAACCUAACUGGGCUCAGUUGGAGGGCAUCUUGAAUACAACCCCCCUGGAAGGCAAAGGAAAGCAAGAGUUUGGGCCAUGGAUGUGCUAGGAAGUGCUAACCUGUUCACACAGGGGUCGGCUGCAUUCAUGCAACAGAGGUCAGACAAGUGAAGUAAUGUCUUCCUUGAUCUGAGGAAGAGCCAUCAUCUCUGAGCCGGGAGUGGCCCACUGAGAUGCCCUUCCUGCCCUUGGAGUCCACCAAGAAGCCCCUUUUACUCUGUGGACCACCAUCGUGGGGAAGUGUUUCUCUAGUCGGCCAAGCUUUGCAGGAACCUGGAUAUUUUAGGGUCCAGGGUGGUAUAGCUGAUGCAGAUCCUGAACCAGGGCCCUGCAGGGUUCUAGAAGGAGUUUACAUCUGUGUUUGUGCUGGGUGGGUCCUCUCUGAGACCAGACUGGUCUCAAAGGUGACCAAGAAUGCCUCUAGUUUCUUCCCUAACAACCUGCAUUUCUGCCAUCAUAAGACCUGUCACCCUGCACCACAUGGCCUGUUUCCUUGGCCACCACAUCCAUACAGCUUGGGGACAGAGGUGUUCUUUACCUGCUGGUUCCAGGAUGUCCAGCGAGCCCAGUACCUGCCAUAUCUACACUCAGAGGACCUCUGUUGAGUAGAAUUGACAAGUCACAGAAGAGGGUGCCUUCCUUUUCUCAGGAGAUAGUUUCCACUGGGAAACUGCCCAUCCAACCACAUGAAAAUGUGGAUUUAACUAGAGAUCCUGAUGGGGAAGGGAUAGGACCCAGUUGCUCUCAGACAAGCACUUGGGCUGCUCUUAGGACACUUGACAGAAACUGGAACGUCUUGACAUUUUAAACAGGGGUAAUGUAUUAGCUCAGGAUGCUGCAGCAAAAUGCCACAGACUGGGCGGCUUAAACAACAGGAACUUUUUUCUCAGUUCUGGAGGCUGGAAGCCAAAGUCGCUGGCAGGGUUUGUGUCUGGUGAGGCCUCUCUUCCUGGCUUAUAGGCGGCCACCUUCUCACCAAGUCCUCAUGUGGCCUUUCCUCUGCACACCUGCAGAGAGAGAAAGAGAGCACUCAGGUUCUAUUCUUAUAAGGACACUGGUCCUAUUGGAUUAGGGCCCCACCCUUAUGACCUCAUUUAACCUUAACCCCAGUCUCCUCCCUAAAGGUCCCAUCUCCAAAUUCAGUCAUUGCUUCAGGGCUUCAACAUAUGAAUUCUGGAGAACACAGUUCAGUCCAUAGCCGAUAACCAAGGCAGAAUCAGGUUGAAAUGGUUAAAUUUAUCUUGGUAACCCCUCAUCCCCCCUUCUAGUUCCCUGCACACAGGGCAUUCACACAGCCUGCACCCCCCCCACACACACCCCAUAAUACCUGUGCUCUUAUGAGGACAGACUUCUUUUACAAAGUGCUCCAGUUUUAAGCCAACUCAACCUGUAGACAUGUUUAUCAUGGGAGGGAAUACAUGGUGUGUGUUUUUAAUUUGAAUUAAUAACUAAAACCAGGGAUAUUUCAGGUAGAAACCCAGAGUUCCAGCUCCUAAGAACCUAGAAGUGUGUCAGUGUUGGUUACUAGGUGGCACCAACUGGUUGGAGCCAGGUUGCAGCUGCCCUCUUUAGCUGGGGCAUGAGCCUUGCCAUUGGCUGCAUUCUUAUUCUUCUAGAAUGCUCUUACAUCUGUCCCAUCUACCCCUUUAUAUUACCUGCUGUUCCCUGGAGCCAGGCCACUUUGCAACUACUGCCUCAGCCCUUUUUUUCUUCCCUUGUCUUCAUCAGAGUUGACCUUUUGCCCAUAAUUUUGCUAGAUGGGAGAGAGAAAAUCAGAUAAAGCUAUUCUGCCUUAAUGUAUUACUGGAUAGUAAUGGAUUAAAAACUCUCCAACCGGCACUUCCUAUAGCUGCUCUUUGAGGGAAGUUUCAGGGGUCCCAGAAAUCUUUCUCAGAUGCCAGAACUCUGAUCAGCCUGUUGGGAGCUGGUCCUAACCUCCAAAUGUUCAUCUACAAAGUGCAAAUAAGGACCAUGCCCUUUUCUGUCUGUGGUUGCAGACAACUAGAGUCAAUAAAUUGCGUGUUUUGGUUCGCACAGGGUAGACCCUCUCAUUAUGCAUCCAGUGUCUGGUGAAUCCUAAACUCUCUUACUUGGAUGGCUUUAAACAUAAAGGAUCAAAAACUCAAUCUCUCCCAUGGGGGAAGCUAGGCAUCUCCCAAGGGUAGGAAAGCUGUGCCAUUUCCAAGGCAGCAAAUAGAUACACAGAGGCUGGUGCUCCUCUCUUCACCAUCAUUAUUUCAGGUCAAGAAAUCUGAGCUUAGAGGGUGACUUCAUGCAGCUGGUGUUUGGAAAGUUCUUUGUUAUCACAGUCCUGGUAAUGCAUGAGUCACUGGCUCUGCAUCUCCAGGCGGUGGGUGUGCUGUCAGAUUCGAUUCCUGGGCACUCAGAUGUGGUCAGUAGUCAACGUGUCAAACCCCCAGCCCAGGGGAAGCUAGUGGAGCAUAGAUCACACCAUAGCAGGGGUAUGUGUGUGUGCACACCUGUGGUCUGGGCACUGGUGGGGCCAGCCGCCUUACCCCAGGCUGUGGAAAACUCAGCAGGAGUGUCGGAGUAUAUUAAGUCCACCCCACCCUCCUCCUCCUCCUCCUCCUGUGAAUUGUCAUAGCUGGUGCACCCGCGCCUGUUGGCUAGUCUCAUUUUGUCGUGUUGCAACUGAAAUCCCACAUCUCUGGGGGGCAUUCUGGUCUCAAGCAUGCGACUGGAACGUAAGGUGGUCUGUCUCUUGCUUGGUGGCCCUUCUUUGGUGGUGCGGAUGAAUUCAGAAGGGCUGGAUUUAAUUGGAGCACUGACAGCUUUCCUGGGCAGGCAGCUCUGGUCCCGCACGGUGUCCACAAUGAAAGCUUCCAGGGAAAAUGCACUGAAGGAUGCUGCCCAAAGAGAGCAUCGCCUGAGAUCCCAUUAUGCAGGCCUUCCUACAAGGGCCCAGCAGCGCAACAAGGUGAAAGCAGAGUAUGCUCGGCUUAACCACACGCUCACCCUAGUGACCAGAGAACGUGAUUUGGCCGUGAAGGAGAAAAACGAGCUCCAAGCCAAGCUGGAGAACCUAGAACAGGUCCUAAAGCACAUGCGAGAGGCUGCAGAACGGCGGCAGCAGCUGGAAUUGGAGCAUGAACAAGCCCUGGCUGUCCUCAACGCCAAGCAGCAGGAAAUCGACCUUCUGCAGAAGGCUCAGGUUGAAGCUAAGAAAGAACAUGAGGGUGCAGUGCAGCUGCUAGAGUGCAAGGUUCGGGAGCUGGAGGAGAAAUGUCGGACGCAGAGUGAGCAGUUCAGCCUGCUGUCCCGGGACCUGGAGCAGUUCCGGCAGCACGCUGGCAAGAUCGACCUGCUGGGCGGCAGCUCCGUGGCCUCCCUGGAUGUCCCUGGGUCCCCUAGCAAGCAUUUCCCAAGGUUCAUGAACGGACUGGCUCCCUCCAUUGGCAAAGGUCAGGAAAGCUCCAUUGGAAGCCGAGCUGUGAUUGGUGAAUAUAUCCGGCCCCUCCCACUCCCGGGUGACAAGCCGGAGUCUCUGUCCGUCAAGCCCACCUUUCUGUCAAGAUCUGGUGGCCCAAGAUGCAGAUUUGAAUCAGACAUGGAUAAUGAACGGAAUUCCAAUACCUCCAAGCAGAGAUAUUCUGGGAAGGUCCACUUGUGUGUUGCCCGUUAUAGUUACAACCCCUUCGACGGGCCGAAUGAGAACCCGGAGGCUGAGCUGCCCCUCACGGCGGGGAAGUACCUCUAUGUCUACGGGGACAUGGAUGAGGACGGCUUCUAUGAAGGUGAACUCCUGGACGGGCAGAGGGGACUGGUGCCCUCCAACUUUGUGGAUUUUGUCCAGGACAAUGAAUCUCGAUUGGCAAGCACACUGGGGAGUGACCAGGAUCAGAAUUUCAUCAACCAUUCUGGCCACGGUGGGGAGGGAGAGAACAUUCUGGACCUCCACUCCCCAACGCACACGGACUCUGGCCUCACUGACAACGGGGCGGGGACACUCGAUGUGAACAUCGACGACAUUGGAGAAGACAUUGUGCCUUACCCUCGGAAAAUCACCCUCAUCAAACAACUCGCCAAAAGUGUCAUUGUGGGCUGGGAGCCCCCGGUGGUGCCCCCGGGCUGGGGGACCGUGAGCAGCUACACUGUGCUGGUGGACAGGGAGCCACGCCUGAGCCUGGCGCUGGGUGGCAGGACCAAGGCACUCGUGGAGAAGUUGAACUUGGCAGCCUGUACCUACCGUGUCUCUGUGCAGUGCGUCACCAGCCGGGGCUCCUCGGAUGAGCUGCAGUGUACGCUGCUGGUGGGCAAGGACGUGGUGGUGGCCCCCUCCCACCUGCGAGUGGACCACAUCACGCAGGUCUCUGCCGAGCUCUCCUGGCUGCCCACCAACAGCAACUACAGCCACGUCAUCUUCCUCAAUGAGCAGGAGCUGGACAUCGUCAAGGCCGCCAGGUACAAGUACCAGCUCUUCAACCUCAGGCCUGACACGGCCUAUAAGGUCAAGGUCCUGGCCAAGCCUCACCAGAUGCCCUGGCAGCUGCCCCUGGAGCAGAGGGAGAGGAAGGAGGCCUUCGUGGAGUUCUCCACGUUGCCCGCAGGUCCUCCAGCCCCCCCACAAGACAUCACCGUCCAAGCUGGGGCCACCCCAGGCACCGUCCAGAUCUCCUGGAAACCACCCCCUCUGACAGCCACUGGGCUGUCCAAUGGAGCCAAUGUCACCGGCUACGGAGUGUAUGCAAAAGGGCAGAGGGUGGCGGAAAUCAUCUCCCCGACUGCAGAUGGCACAGCUGUGGAGCUCGUGCGGCUGCGCAGCCUGGAAGCCAAGGGCGUGAGCGUGAGGACCCUCUCCGCCCAGGGCGAGUCCAUCGACUCUGCCGUCGCUGCCAUUCCCCCCGACCUCCUGGUGCCUCCAACCCCCCACCCGAGAACUGCUCCCACACCGAAGCCAUCAGCAAGUGCCGGAGCCCCCGAAACCAAAGAAGAACACCCGGGUCCCCACGCCAAGGCGGACGAGGCCUGGGAGCACGGUCGGGCGCCCACCCCGGCCCACGGCCGCAUGCUGGAGCCGCCUGGCCUGCAGGGGCGGCGGUCGCCCUCGCCCAGCCGCAUCCUCCCGCAGCCGCAGGGCGCCCCGGUCUCCAGCUCCGUCGCCAAGGCCAUGGCCCGGGAGGCCGCGCAGAGGGUGGCGGAGAGCAGCAGGUUAGAGAAAAGGAGCGUUUUCCUGGAAAGGAGCAGUGGGCAGUACGCAAACUCAGACGAGGAGGAUGGCUAUGAGUCCCCGGAUGUUAAGAGAAGGGGUGCGUCAGUGGACGAGUUUCUGAAGGGCUCAGAGCUGGGCAAGCUGCCACACUGUUGCCAUGGAGACGAGUACCACACAGAGAGCAGCCGGGGGUCGGACCUCUCAGACAUAAUGGAAGAGGACGAGGAGGAGCUCUACUCUGAGAUGCAGCUGGAGGACGGGGGCCGGAGGCGGCCCAGCGGCACAUCCCACAAUGCCCUGAAGGAGUGCUAUGAGAAUAGGACCACUGAAGGCGCUUUUUUGGAACUGCCUGAGUACCCCCAACAGACCCACCACAGUAAGAAACUUUUCAGUAUCCCCGAAGUAGCGGAGGAGAACGGAGAGCCCUGUGAGAUCUUGCUCAAGCAGAGCUUAGGGUACUCCUGCAGGGCCCGGGAGCCCUGGCCCUCCAGGCCCUGCCAGGGGCACGAGGCCCCGCACGGCUCCUGGUUCUCCAGCAAGCCCAGGGGCCCCCACACCACCGCCAACGCCGAAGACUUUGUUUUCGAAGACAGAGGCUGUCGUUUCAGCCGCUCCGCCACACGGAGCCCAGACAGCGGACUGGACUGUGGGAGCGAAGAAGAGGAGAUGCGAUUUAGUUUCAGGAGUCCCGCAACCCCCUGCAGCCCCAGCCCCGGGCACUGCCCCUGUCGGAGGAGCCCGAGGCCCCUGCUGGCCCGGCGCCGGACCCUGACCCGGCAGAGCAGCAUCGAUUUUGGGGAGCCAGCGGAGCCCAACGACGUCAUCAGGAGCGAUGACGCCCACCCCGGCCCAGAGAGGCCCACCCCCAGCAAGUACGGCUGGGACGAGCCCGCGGGUCACCAAGGUCUCCGGGAUGUCUGGAAGAAAAGCAUAAAAAUGCCCGACAGUAGGGCCAGUGCUCUGCCCGCACAGCUACCUCCCCAGGUUGCAGAAGGUCCUUUGAUUUUAGGGAACCCGGUGUCUGCAGGACGGGCUGAGAGAGCGGAUCACGUGGGCCGGAGGUUUUCCCAUGGUGGCGCUGGCCCCCACAGGUCCCCGCCGAUGAUGGUCCCGCCUACCGAUGAGUACGGUGGGCGAGACCGGCUUUCUCCUGACUUCUACGAAGAGUCAGAGACUGAUCCUGGUGCGGAAGAGCUCCCAGCCCGGAUCUUCGUGGCUCUUUUCGACUACGACCCCCUCACCAUGUCCCCGAACCUAGAUGCUGCAGAAGAGGAGCUUCCCUUCACAGAAGGGCAGAUCAUCAAGGUUUACGGAGAUAAAGAUGCUGAUGGAUUCUACCGGGGAGAAACCUGUGCCCGGCUCGGCCUUAUUCCUUGUAACAUGGUCUCCGAAAUCCAGGCAGAUGAUGAGGAGAUGAUGGACCAGCUUCUCCGACAGGGCUUCCUCCCUCUGAACACACCGGUGGAGAAAAUAGAGAGAAGCAGAAGAGGCGGCAGGCAGCACUCAGUGUCUACGCACAGGAUGGUGGCCCUGUAUGACUAUGACCCGAGGGAGAGCUCACCCAACAUUGACGUGGAGGCUGAACUUACAUUUUGCACAGGAGAUAUUAUUACUGUUUUUGGUGAAAUUGAUGAAGACGGAUUUUAUUAUGGGGAGCUUAAUGGGCAGAAAGGCCUUGUACCUUCCAACUUCCUAGAAGAAGUGCCUGACGACGUAGAAGUCUAUCUUUCCGAUGCACCGUCCCAUUACUCCCAGGACGCGCCUCUGCGCUCAAAGACAAAAAGGGUUCCUCCUGAGGGUUCAGGUACAGCAAGGAGAGCGCCAUCCCCCACAGUCCAUCUCCAUUCGGGGUCACCUACGUCAUCUAUGGGUACUGGUAGUCCUGGGAGAGGCAGGGAAAUGUCCUCGAAAAAGAAAAAGGGGCUGCUUUCCAAAGGCAAGAAACUGCUGAAAAAGCUGGGUGCAGUGAAAUGAUUCAUGUGCUUCCGGACAACUUCCAAAUCUAUGUAAUUUUCUUUAAUUCCAAACUAGGGCUUUCAUGACUCAAGCACUUCCUUAAAAAACCAAUCUUCUCCCCUGACACCAGUAGAGAAAUGCUCUUUGCACUACCAUCCACUUUAAACCAAGCGCAAGGACAAAGAGCUGCUGUUGCUCUCCCAGCCUCCGUGCCAAUCCGCUCUUAUUGCCCGAGGUCUGACGGGAGCUGGGCUGGCUCACGAACAAGCAGGGGGCCAGUAGCUCUUUGUAGCUCACUCCCCACCUGUGAUUCCAGUCUUUGUGCAUUUGUCAUCUGCCCUUAAAGGAAUGAUUUCAACCUCUUCCCCCUUUUCAAAAUGCUUGCCUCAUAAUGCAUAACUCUCACUUUAACUCUGGUCUUGAAAUUCCUAGUUUAAUCGCCUUGAUGUUCUGCCUUAUAAAUGCACAAUGAUUUGUACUGUCUAAUAAAAACUACAGUGUACACUU